UUAAAGUCGGUGACUUCACUGCAGCUCCGCUGGCCUCUGGUCGCACCAUGUUCCUCCACCCUGAGCUGCUAGCGCUGCUACUGGUGCUGACUCUUGGCGGCCGAGUUCGUGCAGCCAAAAUCAUCGGCGGCCGCGAGGCCGAGCCGCACAGCCGGCCGUACAUGGCGCUCGUGGAGCUGCGCGAGGAGGACGGUCAGAAGAAACACUGCGGCGGCUUCCUGCUGCAGGAGGACUUUGUGAUGACCGCCGCCCACUGCCAAGCCCGGUUCUACACCGUCUACCUCGGACUCCACAGGGUACCAAAAGGAGCCGAAAUACAGCGUUUGUCUGUGAAGCAAAGCUAUCCACACGAGGACUUCACUUUCACUGAUUUUAAAAAUGACAUCAUGCUUCUGAAGUUGAGCUCCAAGGCUAAUUUCACCCAAAAUGUGAGACCCAUUGCACUCGCAGACAAAAGUGACGUCUCUCUGCCCAACUCCUGCCUGGUCUCCGGCUGGGGAGCGACGCACGAGAACACAAAACACAUGUCUCGCGUCCUCAUGGAGGUCAACGUCACGCUGGCCGACCGCCAGCGCUGUGCCGAGGACCACCUGUACUGCUCGGAGGAGAAGACGGGGCCCAGUAAAGGAGACUCUGGGGGCCCACUGGUCUGUGAGGGAAAGGCGUACGGUGUGGCGUCCGUCUCGUUCCAACCAAAAUCAAAUCUGUAUUAUUUUACUAAGAUUCCUGACUACAGAAGCUGGAUCGAUCCCAUCGUGCAUGACCUCUGAUAAAUGUGACGAUUGAUCGAUCGGCUUUUUUCUUUCUUGUUGGCUUAGAAUUGCCCAGCUGACGAUUGAGAUGCAGAUACGCACGACGUGCAGCGAGACUCUCUCUCUCUCUAAAGUCUGGACGAUGUGCUUUGCUUUGAUGUUUAAUACAAAUUACGUUUUUGUUUAGCAUGUCGAGUCAAAUCCCGGAAAAUAUGUAAACAUGAUUUGGUUCAUUUAAGUGAAAUGAUUUGCUUAUUAAAGUUACAGCAUACUUUUCUUUCUGCUACUGGGGGCUACAAACUGGACAGCCACUUAUACUUUUAGCUUAUUCAAGGCAAAUUUAUACUAAUGACAUGCAGGUUUUAUCAAAAGAAUUUCAUGGCACACGAAUUAAGUGAAAACAUGUAGACUCAAUGCCGUUUAAUAGAUGUAAUAUAUUGAUGUAUAUCAUGCUCUUACAUAUAUUUUAUGCAUUAAAUAAAUGACUGCUUUGUGCAUCUUUUUGCCUCGAUCAGAUGAGAACACAGUUUGUUUUGUACCAUCUUUUUAUACAAUAAACAUCUGCUUUUCCA